CGCAGAAUUUUUUUUUUAAUGAACAUGAAUUUAAAUCUUGAAGGAAGAGAAGAUUCAUGGAAGACCAGAAUUCACCCCUAUCCAAAGGGCGCAUGUCCGCAUCGCGUUUAUCAGAUAGUUCGUACUGUUCUUUAGCGAGUCGUCUUUCGAUCCUGUUCUUUCUCUGAUUAUUUCCACAUAUUUUAUAGUUCCUGAUCAUUAUAUUUAAUUUACUUUAAUUAAAUAAUAUUUUUAUCUUUUCGAGAUUUCUCUUUCAAUAUUUAAAAAUAUAUAAAAUAUAAGUUUAAACGAGAAUAUGUGUGAAAUAUACAUGCAAUUUAAACGCGAGUGACAUGUGUACGUGAGAAGGUCAAUUCGGUACGCGCGCAAAUACGAAGGAUUAUAACAGUAACAAUUAUGACAAAGUUCUUAGCGACAAUUAAGGCAAUUCUCACGCGCCUGGUGUUUGCAUCGCAUGGCUUUAUCGCUAUUUGGCAAGUAACAACUUUCAAGAAGAAUCCAUUUUUCUGGUACCUGAGUUGUCCCAUCUUAUUGCUGUUCUUCGAGGGCAUUUUUACGCUCACUAUAAAGGAAAAUCAAGAAUGGAAAUGGUUUUGCCCAUCUGUAUUUUUAUAUCUCAGUAGUGUGGUACCUGCAAUUUGGCUAUUGGAACUGGACAAGGUGGAUAGAAGAUUAAGAUCUCGCGAAUCAGAUAUCAACAUAUCCGAGAAUUUCGAUUUGUCCAAUCUAGCAGCCGGUGAUUUAAAGCAUCUAGAAGAAGCUCUCGGCGUUGAUAUUCAAUUACCGGACAUUCAAAUUUCCACGGAAACAUGGGUCACUUUAAUCGAACAAUUUUUAAUGUUAGUUUUAAUAAUCGGUCGGUGGAUGUUACCGAAAGGUGACUUAACUCGCGAUCAAUUAAGCCAGCUUCUGUUAGUGUACAUCGGGACUGCGGCUGACAUUAUCGAGUUCUUCGACUCCUUCAAGGAAGACAGAAUAGCGAGGGAGCCUGUGCUUGUAUACCUGACUCUAAGUAUUUGGGCAUGGUCCCUGAUGCAAUUUACGGUCGUGCUAACUGCUACUAAAUCGAGGAAAUCUCGACUCUCCAGUAGCGUCUCUAAGAAAAAGAUCCGGACGGAAACUAGUUGCUGCAGUAUCGAUGUAUGGGGAAUCGCUUUGAACAUGAUUCUUCAGGACGGACCGUUUCUAGCAUUUCGCUUGAUAUUGAUAAUUCAUUAUCAGAUAGUCAGUUACAUGAACAUAUUUUUUACAUGCAAAAAUACGCUUGUAAUAUUGCUGCAGUUGUAUCGACUUUAUGUGGUACAAAGCGAAAGCAAAAGCAAACGGAGCAAGAAAUAUAAUAAAAUGGAAGUGUCGAAUAUUAGCAUUAUUUCUAGAGGUGACAUUUAUAAGAACGUAAGAAUGAAGAAUUCACGAGAUGAUAAUAGGCAUAAAAGGCGACGUGAUAAAGAUAUAGAGGCAAAUUACAGUGAAACCGAAGAUUCGAUGGAGGAUAUCGAUAAGUUUGAUUCAUCCCCGAGAAAUGUUGUCUGUUCCAAACGGAAAAGUCGUCAAGAUACCGGAUACUCGACGUCAAGUUCCCGUAAUUCUAGCAAACAGGACAAAUCGCAAAAACGCGAGGGGAAGAGAAGGUCGUCGCGUAAAGAGGAAACGAGAUGUAACACUUCUGAUGAGGAGAGACGUCAGAGAAGAGAAGACGAAAAGAAGAGAAAAUCUUCCAAGAAAAGUGAGAGAAAAUCGAUAAAGAUUAAAAAUGACGAAGCUUGCGGUAAAGGAUCUACUCGGAAGUUUGACAGUGAAAAUGAAUCCUCCAGCGAAGAGUUGACUGAAAGUAAGACUAUUAGUAAAGGAAGCGAAUCGGAAUCUGACAGAAACAGUGCUCGUAAGUACACACAUCGAAAGCGGAGGCAGGGUAGAGAUUGACAGCGAAAUUUAGGUAUUAUAGCAUUAUUUUUCAUUUAUUCUGCAAUUUUUAUUAUUUGCAUCCUCUUUAUAUAUGCUGGAAUUAAUGACGGCAUAAUACUAAUCAUGAAAACGAGACAAUUUAUCCUCUGAGAGAUUAACGUAUAAAUAAUAUUUAUAAAGCUAAAGAGAUUUAUAGAGAUAUUCUUAGUAUUUUCGAAGUAAUAGAACAUGAAUGUUUACUUGUAUUUAUUGAUUAAUAUCUUAAAUGCAAACAUAAAAGAUUGUUUUUAAAUUUUUCUCUUAAUUAUGUGAUUGCAUAAAGCUUAUAUUAUCUGACUACGUCUUGACAAAAAAGAAAACAAUUAUUAUUAUUAAUUGCGAAUUUUACAAUAUAAUGCAAUAAAUUUUAUUAUUUGAACACAAUUCUAAAUCUUAAUGCAUGGAUAUCUAGACAGAAUGUGUGUACAUAGUACACAUGUCUUGAGAAUUCAAUCGUGCACAACUUUAGACACUUCUAACAAUAAUGAUAUAUACAUAAAAAAUUAAAGCAAAAAAUGGACAAAAAUAUUAGAAAAAAAUCAGUAAUUUAACAUAAAUGUUUUAUAAAAGAGAAUAAUGAUAUAGUUGUUAUUAAAAUAUAAGUAUAUUUGU